GCCCGGGACGCCAAGGUGUCCGCGCCUGCUGCUUCCUCGCUCCGGGGCGGGGCUCGCGGCAGCGCCGGAGCAAGGCGCAGGGCGGAACCGAGUCCCAGGAGAGGAAGCCGGAAGCCGGGCGCGGGGAGCCUCCCGCUUCGACCUUCGCCCUGCUCGGCGCCUCUUCCGCGCCUGGGACCGCGGAGCCUUCCUGGGUUCUGUGCGCUCCCGCCGCCCGGUGCCGCUCCCCCCGCCCGGUGCCCGCCGCCCGCCUGGGCCCCAAGCAGGUCCCAGGUCUCUGGCUAAUCCUGGCCUCACCGCUAGCGAGGGCGUUUGGGGACCCUGGGUGACCACGGCGCAGCCAUGGGGACCGCGCUUGUGUACCACGAGGACAUGACGGCCACCCGGCUGCUCUGGGACGACCCCGAGUGCGAGAUUGAGCGUCCUGAGCGCCUGACCGCAGCCCUGGACCGCCUGCGGAAGUGCGGCCUGGAACAGAGGUGUCUGCGGUUGUCAGCCCGCGAGGCUUCCGAAGAGGAACUGGGCCUGGUGCACAGCCCCGAGUACGUGUCCCUGGUCAGGGAGACCCAGGUCCUGGGCAAGGAGGAGCUGCAGGCGCUGUCUGGACAGUUUGAUGCCAUCUACUUCCACCCGAGUACCUUUCACUGUGCACGGCUGGCCGUGGGGGCUGCACUGCAGCUGGUGGAUGCUGUGCUCACGGGAGUGGUGCAAAACGGGUUUGCCCUGGUGAGGCCACCUGGGCACCACAGCCAGAGGGCAGCUGCCAAUGGGUUCUGUGUGUUCAACAAUGUGGCCAUAGCAGCUGCACAUGCCAAGCAGAAACACGGGCUGCAGAGAAUCCUCAUCGUUGACUGGGAUGUGCACCAUGGCCAAGGCAUCCAGUAUCUCUUUGAGGAUGACCCCAGCGUCCUUUACUUCUCCUGGCACCGCUAUGAGCAUGGGCGCUUCUGGCCUUUCCUGCGAGAGUCGGAUGCGGAUGCGGUGGGGCGGGGACAGGGCCUCGGCUUCACUGUCAACCUCCCCUGGAACCAGGUCGGGAUGGGAAACGCUGACUAUGUGGCCGCCUUCCUGCACCUGCUGCUCCCACUGGCCUUUGAGUUUGAUCCUGAGCUGGUGCUGGUCUCGGCAGGAUUUGACUCAGCCAUCGGGGACCCUGAGGGGCAAAUGCAGGCCACACCAGAGUGCUUCGCCCACCUCACACAGCUGCUGCAGGUGCUGGCUGGUGGCCGGGUCUGCGCCAUGUUGGAGGGCGGCUACCAUCUGGAGUCAUUGGCAGAGUCGGUGUGCAUGACAGUGCAGACGCUGCUAGGUGACCCGGCUCCACCCCUGUCAGGGCCCAUGGUACCGUGUCAGAGUGCCCUGGAGUCCAUCCAGAGUGUCCGUGCCACCCAGGCCCCAUACUGGAAGAGCCUCCAGCUGCAAGGUCACCUGGCUGGGUGCUGGGCUACAGGACCCCACCUCAGGCUCCUGUGCAGUGGCUGUGACUUUGAACUGUCCCUAGAUGUGACCCCCGUGCCGACGAGUCCCAGCACCCAUUCCCCAGAGGGGAGGCCUCCACCUCUGCUGUCUGGGGGUCCCGUGUGUAAGACGGCUGCAUCUGUACUGAGCUCCCAGUUGGACCAGCUGUGCCUCCACCCUGCACCCCCUGUCUGCCCAGCUGUUGCCCUUACAGCGCCAGAUAUCACAUUGGUCCUGCCCCCUGAUGUCACCCAACAGGAGGGGGCAGCCCUGAAUGAAGAGACAGAAGCCUGGGCCAGGCCACACGAGUCCCUGGCCCAGGAUGAGGCCCUCACUGCACUUGGAAAGCUCCUGUACCUCUUAGAUGGGAUGCUGGAUGGGCAGGUGAGCAGUGGGAUGGUAGCCACUCCACCCUCGGCUGCAGCAGCCACCUUGGAGGUGGCUAUUCAGAGAGGCCUGUCCCACGGAGCCCAGAGGCUGCUGUGUGUGGCCCUGGGACAGCUGGACUGGCCCCCAGAUCUCGUCCAUGAUGGGAGGAUUUUGUGGCUGAACAUCAGGGGCAAGGAGGCGGCUGCCCUAUCCAUGUUCCAGGUCUCCACACCACUGCCAGUGCUGACAGGUGGGUUCCUGAGCUGCAUCUUGGGCUUGGUGCUGCCCCUGGCCUAUGGCUUCCAGCCUGACCUGGUGUUGGUGGCGCUGGGGCCUGCCCAUGGCCUGCAGGGCCCCCACGCUGCACUCCUGACCUCAAUGCUUCGGGGGCCGGCAGGGGGCCGAGUCCUGGCCCUCCUGGAGGAGGACUCCACACCCCAGCUAGCCGGGAUCCUGGCCCGGGUGCUGCACGGAGAGGCACCUCCUAGCCUAGGCCCUUACUCUGUGGCCUCACCAGAGGACGCCCAGGCUCUGAUGUACCUGAGAGGGCAGCUGAAGCCUCAGUGGAAGAUGCUGCAGUGCCGUCCUCACUUGGAGGCUUGAAAUUGGCCAAGGUGGGAGCAUUUACACCGCAGAAAGCACACCGUACGCCAGUGCCCCGCUGCCUGUGGCCGCCGACCCCAGGUCCAGGCCGCUCCUGCCGCUGCGGUGACCCGGUGACCCGGACCUCCGGCCCACAGCUCCCGCUGCACCGGGGCACGGAGCCCCGCCCACUCCCACGCCUGCGAUUCGGCCUCACCCCGCCCCCUCACACCCCUGCUCCCCCGCCUCACCCCUUCCGGCCCCUGCGCCCCACCCUCGGUCCCAUCCUGGCCCCUGAGCCCCGCUGCACUUCGCUCCCAGCCCUGGUGCAGUCAGUAAAUAUCGGCCAAACGAAA